AUGGCAGCGAUCGCGCCUCUCGCAGGAAGCUUUGCCCUUAUCUUCGGAGGAUGUUGCUCUAAUGUAUACUGUUUGGAAGCCAUUGUAAAACAUGAACCCGAUAGUGGCCUCCUCAUCACGCUCUUUCAGUUCAUCUUCACCUGCCUGUCGACUCUGCAUUACCAAUUUGACCCUAGAUACCGCUUCUUCGUCAAGCCGUCACCUGUUCCGUUUCGAAAAUGGGUCAUCAGUGCCGCGCUAUUCUUCACAGUCAACAUGAUGAACAACUGGGCGUUUGCGUUCAACAUCUCUGUUCCAGUACAUAUCAUCCUACGAAGUUUCGGUAGUGUCACGACCAUGAUCGCCGGGUAUCUGCGAGGCAAAAAGUAUACGCCUGUGCAAAUUUUCUCAGUGGCUAUUCUGACGGUCGGCGUAAUGGUAUCCGCAUGGGCAGAUGCUCAGUCGAAGGGCAAGAAACUCGAUACAACCAGCAUCGACUACACAAGCGCCUCUUUCGAGAUGGGUCUGCUCAUCCUCCUUAUUGCCCAGCUGCUUUCCGCCUACAUGGGCGCCUAUGUAGAGGACAUCUACCUUCAGCACGGCAACCACUGGAAGGCAAAUCUCUUCUACUCGCAUCUGCUGUCUCUGCCGCUCUUUAUCAACUUCGCGCCCGUCCUCUACAAUCAAUUCACACGCCUUCAGUCGUCUCAGUCCUUUUCCGUUCCGCCAGCGCUCGCAGCGAACCUACCACCAACAGUAAACAAGGCGCUGGCUUUUACGUCGCAGCAUGUUAUCUUCUUGACUGCCAACGCGGUCACGCAGCUUCUCUGCAUUACUGGUGUCAACAUUCUCAGUGCUAAUACUUCUGCGGUCACUGUCACGAUCGUGCUCAAUAUCCGGAAGCUGGUGAGCUUUUUGCUGAGCAUCUGGCUAUUUGGAAACCAGAUGAGUGGGAUGAUGAAGCUUGGCGCGGCGAUGGUAUUUGGCGCUGGGGCGUUGUAUGGGUGGGAAACGACGUACAAGAUUCCGCAGAGGAAGAAGGCUGCGGCUGUGAAGGAGAACGGGAAGAAGGCGCAGUAA